ACUACAUUAUUAAAGUUGUCGAUAGAGGGUUGCGUUACAUCUGUGAUAAUGAAACGUGCUGUAUUUUGUUAUCAAUGUGAGGUUGCAAAAGUUAAUUAAUUCUGCAAAUCAAUUUUAGUUGCGUAAAUAAAUUGCAAUAUAUUGAAUUUGUGCGUCUUUAAUAUGUUAUCUUUUUAAGAGUCGUGUAGUACUUCGAUUCAUAUGUACACAAAGGUAAUAAAGUAUUUUUAUCGACGUAAAAAUAUACACAAUAAACAUCAAGAAACGUUAAAUUACGAACGAUGAGCGAGACACCGUCAACAAAUGAUGCACCAGAAAAUAACAGUAGCUCGGAACAGACUCCUUAUAAUGGUGAUGCUGAAGAACACACUACUAAAUCUCCGGUAAGCAUAGAUGAAAAGACCCCGGAUUCAGUACAUGACAAUGGUGAAAAUAAGACAACCACUGCCACUGGCAACACUAACAACACUGUGCCAAACAGACCAAAAAAACGUAAGAAAACUCCGAGGGAUGCUACAGCACCGAAACAACCUCUCAGCGGUUACUUCAGGUUCUUGAAUGAUCGAAGAGAAAAAGUUCGAUCUGAGAAUCCAAAUAUGACUUUCACUGAGAUUACAAAGUUUUUGGCAUCUGAGUGGAGUAAAUUGCCUCAAGAGAAGAAGCAGGUUUAUCUGAAUGCAGCCGAGGAAGAUAAGGAGCGUUACAAUCGCGAGUUUAGCGAUUACAAACAGACGGAGGCAUAUCGGCAAUUUAAGGCUGGUAUAGAAAAAUUGGAGAGGCAUGAUAACAAGAAGGAAAAGAACGGCACCGAGAUAAAUACCGAACCGAACGAUAUUCAACAAGAUAAGGACAAUGAUUUUACAGGUUUUGACAUUCCUAUUUUUACAGAAGAAUUUUUGGAUCACAACAAAGCUUGCGAAACUGAAUUAAGACAAUUGCGGAAAGCCACGUCCGAUUAUGAGUCUCAGAACGCGGUUCUCCAGCGACACGUUGACAGUUUGCAUGCAGCUGUGAAUCGCUUGGAAUCUGAAAAUAAUCAACAACGGACGAUUAAUCAGGCACUGCAGCGUCAUUUGGAAUCUCUUCGAACGCAGUUGGUAGGCUGUUUCGCUACCACACCACUUCCAGGCAUACAAGAUGGUGCUACGAUGAGCAAUAUUGACAAUUAUUUCGAAAAACUGGAAUCGAUAUUGACCGGUAACGCCGAACAAAGUUUACGUAAUGCAGUACGUAAUGCCGUGACUCGUCUCGAGUUAAUUGGAUGACGUUCGCCUCUGAGCAAUACGAUCAGUACGACAAAUUCAACCAGCACAACAACUAGCACAUCGUUGAAAUAUCAUCGUUCAAGGCACUCUCAUCGAAAGUAGCAAAACCAAUUUUGUGAUUUUAGUUGCAGUUUGCAAGUUUUACUUUUUUUUUUUUUUUUAUGGCAUGGAUGUGAAUGAGUGCUAAUUAUUUAAAUAAUUGCUAUUAUUGUUGGUAUAUCCAUACGUAAUUAAUUUCCUCAUUUUUUCACGUUUAUAGAGAGCCAAGUUUCGAGAAUAGUACAUGACGAUUAUUUAAGCUUUUGUUGUGUCUUUUGAAUGAGUAAUUAAAUUUUACAGUCGAUUUAUGUACGCGUUUGUAAAAACAGAUAAACUGAAGUAAUUCAUUGAUACAAGUUUCGACGACAAAAAUGCCCGAUAAUUAAUCUGAAGAAAUAUACAAAUAAUCUAAAUUGUCAAUUAUUAACCUUUUUGGUACAACAACAAGAAUUGGCCAAGAAGCACAACGUAAAUGUAUUGCUUGUCUCAGUUUAAAAUUUGAUUUUAAAGAUUGAAAAAAAUAUAUGAAAGAAAAUAUAUUUAGCGCUCAGUAAUACUUAUAAUCUU